AAAUCCACAUAUCUCUGUCCCUUUCCUUCAUCCCCUAGAUAUCUUUAAUUUCUCUUACUUUUCAAUCAUUUGUACCAAGCAAAACCUUCACUUUCUUCCUCCUCCCUUCAAUAUUUAGAGUUUAUUUUCCCACUAUUUUGUAUUCCAUAAUCUCCUUCUUUGUAAAUCAUGAAUAUUUCGUUUAACGCUGCACUGUCGUUUUGUCAUUUUCCAAAUUUCUCCAAAUAUCCUUCGCCGUCGUUCUCCUUGUCGACGCGUUUCCGAGUAGUGUGCCGUGGUGGAUUCCAUGCGCCGUAUGCCGCGAGUGAGCUGAAGUUGGCGUUGCACGACGCUUUGGAUUCCUCUGGAAUCGAUACAACCUAUGCUAGAGAGGCUAGAGAGGGAUUUUGCUCUCAGAUCAAUAAAUUAUCCAAUAUUGAAAGGGAGACCAGUAUUAGCAUUAAUAGAUGUGUUGAUUUGGGUAAAACGGCUCUUCAUAUAGCAGCAGAGGAUGACUCCCUAAUAUCACAUUCAUCAGUUCCUCUCCCUGUAGAUGCUUUCAUCGAGCGAUUGGAUGAUCUUUCCAUGGGAUAUUGCCCUCAUUAUAACUCAUCUUUGAAUUCAUCACGAGAAAAUUUUUUGGAUAGCAUAGAGAGAUAUUUGUUUGAUAAAAAGGGUUUCCGGAGAACCACUGUGAGUAAUCAAAUAGAUCCAAGGGCACUAUAUCUUCACUCAGUUUUAACACAUCGCUCGGGCUCUGCUGUUAUGCUGUCGCUUAUAUACUCAGAAAUCUUGAAAAUGCUUCGCUUAUGGGGCCUUGUAGAUUUUGAUGUGGAGAUAGCAUUCCCUCUUGAUCUUCAUGGACUUCCUAGGGGAUAUCAGAAGCAGAAGAGCAAGGAAUCUGAUCAGCCACACAUUAUGACUGUGCAAUUAUUGUUGGAGAAGAUUUUGAGGAAUUUAAAGAGUGCUUUCUGGCCAUUUCAACAUGAUUUCUCCCAGAGUUUAUUCUUAAGGGCAGCACAUGCUGCUAACUGCAUUGAACAAUUAAACAGUGAAUACAGUGGCUUACAGCAUGCAUCAGCAAAGUCUGCUAAACACAGGUUAGAGCGUGGUGUUUGGACUACUGUAUGCUUUGGGGAUAUGAGACGUGCAUUAGCUGCAUGCGAGCGUCUUAUUCUCUUAGAAAUGGAUGUCAAUGAGUUAAGAGAUUACAGCAUUCUUCUCUAUCAUUGUGGACUUUAUGAGCAAGCUCUGGAAUAUCUCAAGUUGUAUCAGGAAGCAAAGAGCUCUUCACUACAAAAGCCACCAUCCAAUCCAACUAGCGCCUUGGAGGAUGAUGCCGUGGAGAAAUUGAUGGUACGCCUCAAGCUCAUUUCAAUGGAGCAAGGCUUGAGCAAGCUCUCAUGCAUCAAAACAUUUAUCAGUAAUAACUCUGAACCAUGGUAGUUCGUUAUGCCAUCUGCCCUGCAUGCAGCACUGGUAAACCGGUGAUGAAAUCAUUUCACGAGUAUUUUAUCAAAUUUGAUUGUGCAUUUCUACAUUGUUAGAGAAUCUGAGAAGUGGUUGCAGUUCAUCCCCCAUUGGCAUGUCAAAAACAUUGUUGUCAUAUCAGAGAGGGAUAGACGGGGUACACCGGAUCUGUUAUAAACAUGUUCCAGAGAUCUGUAGGCAUGAAAUGAGAUUUAAAAGGUUCUGGGUUUUUUGCCAUCUUUGUAAUGGUGUCAAAAGUUUCAAUUGCCAUACUUCUAACAUGUACCAGUGUUUGUAGAUUUCUGUUUGUGUGAUAUUAUAAUACUUGUAUAUAUCUGGAAAUAAAGGAAACUUCGAAAUUUUGUA